UUUUGUUGUUUUUCCGAUUCUUUUGUACGACUUUUGUUUGUUGUUUGCUUGAUUUUAGUGUUUCUGGAGGUUUUUUGGGUUUCAAUUUCUGGUUUUUUUCGCCAUUGUUAAGUCGUUUUUGAACUUCCGCCAUUGUUGAGUAGCUUUUCCCCUUUUUUUUUUUUGUUAUUUAACUUUUGUGCCCUUUUCCCUUGUCCUGUGACUUUCAGUUCAUAAUGUCUGAUGCAUCUGAUAGCCAAAACCUUAGUAGCUCAGACGUUAAAAGCGUUUCCUCUGCUUCCUAUGUUACCUCUUCUCCCUCCUCUGUCUCUUUAUCUUCUGAUGAGGAGACUCGGGCUUCUGCUGAGCACAGAACCAAAUCAAUGCAUGAUGUUUUGUCUCGCUCUGUGCCUGCUGUGAUUCCUUUGUCCUCUGACGAUGAAUCCUCUGGGGAGGAGCCGCCCCCCCCCCCCCCCAGAUGCGGGUGAUUCUGGGUGUCCUGACUCUACAGCCGACCUGUCCCCAUCUUUACGUCAAACUCUUAGGGAGAUGCGCCAUGACUAUCUGUCGCGGAUAGUUAGGAUAAAUCCGCCGUCCAAUGUCCCCCCAGGGCUUGAUGUUCAGCCUCUGUCUGAACAGGCCUGGUUAGAUGAUUUUGAGCAGCUUGCUGGAGCUAAUGAGUCUGAACUGUCUUUGCGUGUUUACAGACGCCGGGAAUCUAUUUUUCUUUCUAUGAUGGCCAACCAUGUCACUAUUUCUGUGGGUGGGCAAGCUGGUGGGGAAGAUAUUUUGGCCCAGGUGAAUGAGAUGAGGCCUUUUCCGAACUACGUGGAAGAGAAUGUCGUUCCUGGGGAUUCGACGCCCUUCCUUUCUGAGGCCUCUGCUUUUGGUCCCUUACACGCGAAGCUGAACGCUAAGUGGACUGAUGAUGCGCGAAAAGAGAAUCACGCUGUUGUUGGCAAAGAUUUUUAUGGUCUGCCUGAUGGUUAUCGACUCAUCGUGCCAGACGACGAUGCUCGGAUCACUCAUCCACCAGAGGGGUGCAUAGGCGUUUAUGCCUAUAGUCUGGACUUUGGUUUGCGCUUUCCUCUGGAUCCUACCUUGGUGAAGAUUCUUCGUGCGUUUAACGUUUGCUUAGCUCAGCUCCAUCCCUUCGCUGUUCGUACUUUGAUCAGCUAUAUUUGGGUCUGUCGGUUUUUGGAGUUCCCUGAGACCCUUUCUCUCUGUAAGCGAGUCCAUCAUCUGCGCAACAGUGGUACUGGGAACAAGAUUGGUUGGUUUUCCAUCUAUUGCAAUCGUGGAAGAUUGACCUGCCAUGGGAUGCCUACCGCCCAAAAGGAGUGGAAGGAUAGGUUUUACUGGCUCGCUGUCCCUGCUGACUUUCCUGUUGCUCGGGGUUUUGUUCGACCUCGGACUCGGCUAGAGGGAGUCGAGAUUUUAGAUGGUGCUGUCUUGGAGGAGAGGGCUUUUGAGCAUUUUUCAUCUGAGCCCAAGUUUAAUGCUGCUGGUAAAGAGGUUGGGCGGUUGCCUCGUGUUUGGCUUCCGCAUUCAAGUUAUGUUCUGCGGAAUGACGUGUUGUCCGCUAUGUUUCUUUGUUCUACUCACCCUCAAGGUCGUCGAUUCUUGAAUCUUGAGGAAUUGGGUGUUCGGGCUGAUGGUUCUUUCAUCUGCGCUGCUCCCCCCGAUCCCGCUGCGAAUGGGUAUCAAAUUUUGGCUGACCAAAUAGAGGGCAGCAGGAGAAGUUCUACACGCCGAUCUGGUCGGGGUGGCGGUUCUGGGAUCGUUCCCAGAGUGUCUCGGGUGGUCUCUUCUACAACCCCUGGCUCUGCGAGCACUCCUAUUCGCCGAGGGCAGACCUCUCGUGGAGCUUCCCAUCGCGGUGCCCUGUCAGGCUCUCGUCGUGACCGAUCUGAUUUCGAGGCUGGGCUCGAAGCUCCAACAGAGGAUGCAGGUCAUGAUUUUGGGGAAGUGGCUGAUGAGGUAUGUGACCAGCCAGGUCGUUCGGGCUCUGCGUCGGAUCCUGUGGACAUCGAAGCUGAAGAGCCGCCUUUUGUUCAGCGUCCUGGGAAACAACCCAGGCUUGAUAGUGGGGCUGAGCUACUCCGAGCCUCCCCUUCUGCGGCUGAUCCCCAUCGUAGCAACAAUUCUGGUAGCUCUCUUCGACAGUUUUUGGAGCAAGAGCUUCAAGGAAAUGAUCUGGCUGCUGAUGAUCUUGACCUGCAUAUCACAGGUCGGCAUAAGGAGUUUGUUGAGAAAGAAUUUCUCGACAUUCGUCCCCAGGCCGACCCUGAGCUGGCUGCUAUCUUCUCUGGUCCUUCUGCUUCGGAUCGUACUUUUGUUCCGCGCUGGGACGUAUCCGAAUCAGAAAGCUUAUAUGGGAACUACCCUGAGAAAGGCGGGACGCUUGCCCUGAGGAUGUUGAGAGGUCUGCAGUUGCCCAGCGACCUGCCCAAAGAGCGUUUGUAUACUCCUGGGGCGAAUGCUUGCCAGAAGGUCAUGGAGGUAUACUUGGUUUAUUUCUCUUCUCCUUUGGUACAUUGGUUCGUUUCUUUUGGUAUGCACUAACUUACAAUGCUUGCCUCUUUUUCUAUGUUC